ACACAUCAACUUAUCAAAUAUUCUCAUGGAACCAUUUUUCAUCACUUAAAAGCAUUAAACCUCAAGGGUUCUAUGGCUGCCAAAAAUCAUAUCUCCCUUUUCUCAAGUUUUUCUUUUUGAUUUUCAUGAAUUUUGUCCUUUGUAAAUUUCUACAAUUCUAGGGUUUCAUUUGAUCUUUUCAUACAAGCUAGGGUUUUCUUUUUUCUGCUGCGUGCUUAGAUACCAGUUGAGAAUUGGAGCAGUAUCGGAGAAUUUAAUGGAGGCCGCGGCCGGUGUCGUCGCCUCACGCGGCGGUUCUCUGCCGAUGCCAUUGUCUAGGAAGGAGUGGCGUGCCGUUUCUGACCAUCAUUCCGUUCGAAACGCUGGUGAUGAGGUGGAAUUGGAACGAUCAAAUUUGGUGCAAUCAGAUGAGAGAACAACAUGCGAGGUGCAGCAUGGAAGAGAGCCUGCUGAUGUGGACUUCUGUUCGAUCAAUGUGGAUGGUAGCUUGAAUAAUGACAUUAUGCAGCAGCGAAUUCAUAGUAUUACUAGACAAAGAGAAGAGCUGCAACAUGUGGAGAUUGAACUUAAAGCUCAGUUGAAGAUCAUGGAAAUGCAGAACAGUUUUGAUGCUCAAAUCAAAGAUCAUGAAGAUGCUGCUGCAAAUCUUAAGGAACAACUCCGAGAAAGGGAACAGGUGAAACAUGAAUUAGAAAGGAGAAUGGAAGAGAAAGAAAGAGAAUUACAUGCCAUUAAAUUGGAUAAUGAAGCGGCCUGGGCCAAGGAAGGCCUUCUCAGAGAACAAAAUAAAGAAUUGGCAACAUUUAGAAGAGAGCGGGAUCAUUCUGAAGCUGAAAGGGCACAGCAUAUACAGCAAAUACGGGACCUUCAAGAACAUGUUCAAGAAAAAGAGAGGCAGAUUCUUGAAUUGCAGGAACAGCAUAGAGCUGAUCAGGAGACAAUAUUUUUGAAGGAUGAACAAUUGAAAAUUUGGAUUGCACGCGUUCAGGAGAUGGAUGCCUUGCAAUCUACUACAAACCACUCGCUGCAAGUUGAAUUACGAGAACGUACAGAACAAUAUAAUCAGCUAUGGUUGGGUUGUCAAAGACAGUUAGCAGAGAUGGAGAGACUUCAUUUGCAUACUGUACAACAGCUUCAUCUUGAGCUAGCUGAUACAAGAGAAAGGAGUGGAUCUUACCCUGAAGAGUCACGCAUAUCCCAGACAAGCUCAAAGGAUAUAUCAAAGUUUGGUCAAAGCAAUGGAAACCAACUAGAUGUUAAUGGAAAUGGUGUAACAAGUGCUAAUAAUGGACCACUUCCAAAUGGGAAUGCAGAUAAUCCAUCAAACCAGACCAACCAUGUUGCUGGUGUUCCCAUUGCACCAUCGUCUUUACUUGGUAUGCCUACCUACCUUCCGCCUGGACAGGUGACUGCACUGCAUCCAUUCAUCCUGCACCAACAGGGGAUUCCUCAUUCUAUGCCAUCACAUGUUCCACAAUCUUAUGUUGGGCAUUUUCAUUCAAUACCAGCAAUGUCAUCUCUUCCACACUGGCAGAACCAGCAGGCCAUGUCUGAGGGUGCUCAAUCACCUACACAAAAUCAACUCACAUUAUCCCAAACUGAUCACAACCUUGUGAGAUCAGAUGCAAAGUAUGAGUAUGAAAUGUCUGUCAAUGGACAAGGUUUUCAUCCAGAUUAUCUGGAUGUUAACAUCAGCCAAGGGACAGAGCCUGAUCCUGUAAUCUCUUCGUCCUCUAGGGAAGCUCAGGUCCUUGAGUCAGUGGAUAGAAGUUACUUGGUUGCCUCCCAACCUGAGCAGAACUUACAGCAGAUUUCUUCCCAAUUUAGUGAUUCUUUAAAUCUGAAUUCUCUUGAUCAAAACAGUGAAAUGAAGGAGCAAAGUGUUUUGAACUCGAGUGAUCACAGGUUAGAUGACCAAGUUUUGAUGCAAGAACCAAGUUCUUCUGCCAGUGCACCAUUAUCUGAAACGUCAAUGCAUUCAGUUAAUGUCAGUGAAGCCACAAUCAAUAAUGGUACUGAUGUAGUUUUGUCUGAAGCAUUGAUCUCAACAGGGCAGACAAAUGUGAUGACUGUAGGAAAAACUUCAGAGACUGUACUCCUUGAUGAAAGAUCUCUGUUAGCUUGCAUAGUUCGCACAAUUCCGGCUGGGGGUAGAAUUCGAAUCAAUUCAACGCUACCAAAUAGGCUGGGCAAGAUGCUUGCACCUUUACAUUGGCAUGAUUACAAGAAAAAAUAUGGAAAGCUUGAUGAGUUUGUGGCUGCUCACCCAGAAUUAUUUUUUAUUGAGGGUGACUACAUUCAGCUUCGAGAAGGAGCUCAAGAAAUGAUAGCUGCUACAGCAGCAGUUGCUAAAGUUGCUGCAUCUGCGGCUGCAUCUCCUCCUUGCUCAUCAUUUUUGCCUUCUGUGGCUGUUACUCCAAUGGCACAGUCUCACCGACUAAGGAAGGUUCCAUCAAAUGAUUCAAAACAGCCUAACUGUGUUAGUUUUGCUGCUGCCGGGGGAAUCUUAAAUGUAAAAAUUUUGAGUAAAUUGAAAGAUUCUCAGGAAAUCAAUGGAUCAGAUUUUGAUAGAUCAGGCACUACUGGCACUCAGAGCAAGGGUUCAAUUCAUGGGAGAUCAAACUUGAGUUUUGCUGGAAAGCAGCAGGGCAGGACAACUGGAGCUGCAUUAAACUCUGAAAAAUAGAGGAAAAGUGCAUCAUAUAUAGAUAAAUAUAAAUGGAUGUUAACAGGUGUUGUGACGGAGCAUAUAAAGGGAUGAUCUGCGGUAGAACGGGUUUAUAGCUGAUCAAAAUUGCCAGCCGGCUUUUGCCUCCAGAAUUCUCUAUUGAACUUUUCAGCUGAUUCUCUUUUAAUUUUAUGCCUUUGAAAAUAGGGCAAAAAAAACAUUUGUUUUCCAAAAUAGAACAUUCAACUAUUUGAAUGCACAGAGCACCUGAUGGCUCUAUUUGCCAAUCCGUUAUGGAAGUGAUUCUCUGAACUGGAGGAGCUUGCUUUA